AUGGAUCACCGUCCCAUGGCCUGGGGUCGUCCCCGCGAUGAUGUCUACGGCGCCUACGACGCAACACCCAUGCAGGCCAACGGCACUGCCAACCAGCACACGCAGCAGCCCAUGGUGACGGGCACGUCGGUAAUUGCACUAAAGUACAAGGACGGAGUGGUGAUUGCUGCCGACAACCUAGGCUCCUACGGCUCCAUGGCCCGCUACACCGACGUCAAGCGCCUCCGCCAAUUCGCCGACUCGGCCGUCAUCGGCUUCAGCGGCGACGUAUCAGACAUGCAGUACCUGUCCAGACACCUGAAGGACCUCUCCCUCAGCGAGUCGUACACGUCGGGCGACCCGGACAGCACCCGCCUGUCGGCCGCCAACCUGCACACCUACCUGACCAAGCUCAUGUACCGACGACGCUCGAAGCUCGACCCCCUUUGGAACAGCAUCCUGGUCGCCGGCUUCGACGACGACAAGAAGCCCUUCCUGGCCGCCACCGAUCUCCUCGGCUCGUCCUUCUCCGCCCCCAGCCUGUGCACCGGCCUCGGCUCCAUGCUCGCCCAGCCCAUCCUGCGCCGCCACGCCCCCGACGACGAGUCCGCCGCCAAGCUGUCCCGCGAAGAGGCCGUCGACAUCGUGAAGGAGGCCAUGAAGGUGCUUUUCUACCGCGACGCCCGAUCUUCCGACUCCUACUCCAUCGCCGUCGUCCACGCUGAUGGCGUCGACCUCGACGAGAAGGCCAAGCUCGAGAACAUGUCCUGGGCCUUUGCCGACAGGAUCAAGGGCUACGGUGCCCAGACUGUUUGA